AUGUCGGUGGGCCUUCAACGGCGCGUCCCAGCGCUGGACGAGGCCGGGGGCGGAGUCCCGGCCGCGUGGAAGUCCAGCGAGCCCCCCUUUCCGGCGUUCGCGCCGCCCGCCGGCUCGCCCGCGGGGCCCGCGUUCGCGGCCUCCCCCGCGCCCUCGACCCCCGGCCCGGGCCCCGGGUUCGCGGGCCCGUAUGCGGCGGCGGGCCCCUUCGGGAGCCCCUCGGCGCGGCCCGGCUCCGGGGGUGGGUUCCCCCCGGGGCCCCAGCAGGGGCACUUCCCGGGGCCCGGGUUCGCGCCGCCGGGCUCGCCCUUCCAUCCGCACCCGCCGCAUCCACCGAUGCCUCCACAUCCUCACAUGAUAACGCCGCUGCCGCCGCCCGUCGACAGAAGGCACGCUCCAUAUUUCGGGCAACCCGACUACAGGGUCUACGAACUCAAUAAACGAUUACAACAAAGAACCGAGGAUUCGGAUAACCUAUGGUGGGACGCGUUUGCGACGGAGUUCUUCGAGGACGACGCGACGCUCACACUUACCUUCUGCUUAGAGGAUGGACCCAAAAGAUACACUAUAGGCAGGACAUUAAUACCGCGGUACUUUCGGAGUAUAUAUGAAGGCGGUGUCUCAGAGCUGUACUACACGAUGAGGCAACCGAAGGAGUCCUUCCACAACACGAGCAUCACUCUCGACUGCGACCACUGUACUAUGGUCACGCAUCACGGAAAACCAAUGUUCACUAAGGUGUGCACCGAGGGCCGUCUGAUCCUGGAGUUCACGUUCGACGACCUGAUGCGCAUCAAGUCGUGGCACCUGGCCGUGCGCGCGCACCGCGAGCUCAUCCCGCGCCAGGCCGUGCACCCGCCCGACCACGCGGCGCUGGACCAGCUCGCCAAGAACAUCACGCGCCAGGGCAUCACCAACUCCACGCUCAACUACCUCCGGCUAUGCGUGAUCCUGGAACCAAUGCAAGAGCUGAUGUCGCGACACAAGGCGUACGCGCUGUCUCCUCGCGACUGCCUCAAGACAACGCUCUUCCAGAAGUGGCAGAGGAUGGUCGCACCGCCAGAGUCUCAGCGGCCGGCCAGCAAGCGGCGCAAGCGCAAGGGCAGCGCGGGCGCCAACACGACGCCCCCCGCACCCGCCAAGAAGCGCUCCCCCGGACCCAACUUCAGCCUCGCCUCACAGGAUGUGAUGGUGGUCGGCGAACCGUCGCUAAUGGGCGGCGAAUUUGGGGAUGAAGACGAGCGACUCAUCACUCGCCUCGAGAAUACCCAAUAUGAAGGCGAGGAGUGGAGCAACCCCCCUCCCGCCUCUCCGGCCAAGACGCCGCCCCACUGACACAAACUCGGACACGACAACUAAAUAAAUAUAGGCUUUACUUCCGUAAA